GUUUUGAAUCAAACUCUAAUAUUCAAGAUAUCAUGCAGAACAGUUAUAAUAAAAUAAAAAGGUAACAAAAUUACUGAAGACAGAAACAAAUAAACAAUACAAAAUUUGGUUCUUUUGAUUUUGUUCGUCAAUUUUGGCAAUGGGGCAAAAUGAAUAGCAGACGAUACAACAGCAAACAAGAACAAUCUCUUCAAACUUUCAAACUAAACAAAAAGAUUGUGCUAUGGAUUUCGAAAAGACACGACAGUUGAUACUUCAAACUGAAGCUGCUGCCCAAGAGAUUUUUAUCACCAGAGACGAGAUAGUAGCAUUGGAUUUCAAGCGCCAAAAAACACGGGAAGCUUUUCGGGCUUUGAAAAAUGGCUUGGAACCUAGUGAAAAGGCAUGGGUGUCGAUUGGAAAUAUAUUUGUAAAAAUAAGGACGUCCAAGGCGCAAAACUUGUUGGAACGAGAGUUAAAAGAAGUUGAUCAAGAGAUAUCUGAACAUCGCAACAAGCUUAAAGAACAAGUGAAACAUUUGAGAGAUCUUGAAGGGAAACCAGAACUGAAAGGGUUUGAUUUAAAACCAAUAUCUAAAGAAGCUGAGAUUAUAAUGCAAGCACUUUCUAAGUGAAGUCUGAAUAUCAUCAAUAAAUUAUUUUCUGUGAUUAA